AUGGAAUUUAAAACAGGCGCUAUGCUGGAAAUCUUUCUCUUCUUGAUAGUUGACAUCUAUCUUUGCCUUGGUGAAAUUCGAUAUUCUGUUCCAGAGGAGAUGAGACGGGGUUCUGUUAUUGGCAAAGUUACGAAAGAUUUGGGCGUCAAUAUGAAAACAUUGGAGUCUCGUAAUCCCAGGAUUGAAUUCGAAGGUAGAACUCGUUACUGCGACAUUAAUCAGCAAUCAGGGGAUUUGGUUGUCAAUGAGAGGUUAGACCGAGAAGAGCUAUGCGGACAGAAGCCAUCAUGCACCUUAACGUUUGACUUCUUCAUGGAGAAUCCUCUUGAACUGCACCGCGUCACUCUGGAAAUCCAAGAUAUUAACGACAAUGUGCCUACCUUCCCGCAUAAUGAAAUUUAUUUAGAAAUAAGAGAAUCAGCCGAUAAAGGAGAGCGAUUUUCCGUGGAUGAGGCACUGGACCCGGACGCAGGACUGAAUUCGGUACAACGUUACACACUAUCAGUCAAUGAACAUUUUAGUUUUGCUGUUCACACCAAUGCAGAUACAACGAAACAUGCAGAGAUAAUACUGGAGAACGAGUUGGAUCGCGAAAAGCAGGACCAUCACUCUCUUAUUUUGACAGCAUAUGAUGGGGGCAAUCCUCCGAAAUCGGGUACUGUAAUGAUACAUGUUCGCGUGCUGGAUGCUAAUGAUAACAAACCUGUUUUUACGCAGACUGUGUACAAGGUGAGCGUACCAGAAAAUGCUCCUUUAGACACGGUUGUGGUAGCUGUGAGUGCGACUGAUGCGGAUGAAGGGAUUAAUGCAGAUGUCACUUAUGAAUUUAGUCACAUUUCCAUGAGAGCUAAAAGUAUUUUCUCUAUUGAUCAGAAAACUGGGGAAAUUAAACUUAAAGGCCCAAUGGAUUUUGAGGACACCUCCUCGUAUGAAAUGCACGUUAAAGCGAAAGAUGGUGUCGGUCAGGCUGCUUCGUGUAAAGUGAUUGUAGAUGUGACUGAUGUAAACGAUAACGCUCCAGUAAUAUUCAUUAAAUCAUUAAAGACGCCUUUUCCAGAGAAUGAACCGUCAGGCUCCGAAGUAGCAGUGAUCUACGUUCAGGACAAAGAUACUGAAUCCAGUGGCAAAGUCAAAUGUUUCUUUCAGCCGAACACUCCUUUUAAAUUGAGUCCAUCAAUUAAAAAUCAUUUUUCAUUGACUACUAUUGAAAGAUUGGACCGUGAGAAGGUGUCAGAAUAUAACAUCACAAUUACUGCUGUCGACGAAGGCUCUCCUCCACUAUCCUCCUCUAUAUCGCUGAUAGUUUCUGUUGGAGAUGUGAAUGACAAUCCACCUGUUUUUGAGAGACAGUCGUACAGCGCCUAUCUGACAGAAAAUAACAAACCAGAGUCAUCUGUCUGCACUGUUGCUGCAAGAGACCCAGACUGGAGACAGAACGGUUCAGUCUUCUACUCUCUCGUGCCCAGCGAAAUUGGUGGUUUGUCAGUAUCUUCCUUUUUAUCCAUUAACGGAGACACAGGAGUGAUCAGUGCAGUCAGAACAUUUGACUAUGAACGGUUUAGAGACUUAACCAUCCAGGUUAUGGCUAGAGAUAACGGUUCUCCUGCACUGAGCAGUAAUGUGACUGUAAGAGUCUUCCUUACAGAUGAAAACGACAACCCUCCUCAGAUCUUAUACCCAGCCCCACAGGAAAACUCUAUCAUGACAGAGGUGGUCCCCAAAUCGGCUCUCUCAGGCUCUCUAGUUUCCAAAGUGAUUGCCGUGGAUGCUGACUCAGGACAGAACGCAUGGCUGUCAUAUAGUAUUGUCAAGGCUACUGAUGCAGGACUCUUCACCAUUGGUGUUCAUAGUGGAGAAAUCAGGACACAACGCGAUAUCUCUGAAUCUGAUCUCAUGAGACAAAGCCUUAUAAUUGCAGUGAGAGAUAACGGGCAACCCUCUUUAUCAACAAGCUGUGCAGUGCAUUUAGUGAUUUCGGAUAACCUCGCUGAAAUUACUGACCUCAAAUAUGCUAACCAUCAACAGGACAAUUCACGGCUGACAUUAUAUCUGAUCAUCGCACUGGUCUCUGUGUCCACGUUUUUCCUGACUUUCAUCAUUCUUAUUAUAGCAGCGAGGUUUUGUCAAAGAAAAAAGCCCAGACUCUUGUUUGACACAGCAGUCGCCAUUCCCAGCACCCACCUCCCCCCCACCUAUGCAGAGAUGGAGGGAGCAGGAACUCUGCACAGUUCUUACAAUUAUGACACAUACUUAACAACAGGCUCACGUACAAGUGACUUUAAAUUCCUCACAUCAUACAAUGAGAAUACGCUGCUUGCUGACCAUACACUGAGGAAGGGCUCAAAUGAUAUCAUCAAUCUCUCUGGUGAAUGUUUUUCAAGAGAAUCUAAUGAGGUAUGUACUUGCCUUUCUCGGUAG